UAGCUCAAAUCUCAUUCGCUGCGCAGGUCACAUGUCUGAUUUCCAUUGUCCGCAGAGCAGGGCGUGUACCGUGGGGACGCUGCGUGGGCUGGGUCGGCCUGACUUGCUGUUUUUCCUCAUCGGCAUCCUUCAGCAUCUUGCUUCAUUUUUAUCUUCCCAUCUGAAAAGAUGCUGAGGGCGGAGGACACGCUGCGGUGGAUAAAAGCGACUCAAAUUGGCGGACAUGAGGCGCGUUUGACUUGUUUUGCCGCUUUCACCGCAUGAAACUGGCGCUGCUGCACCUGUUUGUAGAGAUGAAAUUAUCAAACUGCUCGACAUAAUGGUUUUGUAACGUGCUGAGGAUUGUUUUGCUCUGCAACCAAAAUGUCUAAAGCCAAGCACUGCGAGGCGGUGAGGGUGGUGGUCCGCUGCCGGCCAUUCAGCAGAAGAGAGGAGACAGCAAAGUGUGAAAAUAUUUUGGAGAUUGACGACAGACUGGGACAGAUCACCAUCAGAAACCCGAAGGCACCACCUGAUGAGCCGAUGAAAGUGUUCACGUUUGAUUCAGUGUAUGGCUGGAAUUCAAAACAAAGCGACAUUUAUGAUGAUGCUGUGAGACCUCUGGUGGAAUCGGUGCUGCAAGGCUUCAAUGGCACUAUAUUUGCCUACGGACAAACUGGGACAGGUAAAACAUUCACCAUGCAGGGAGUGUCGAAUGACCCAGAGAAAAGAGGCGUUGUACCAAAUUCAUUUCAGCACAUUUUUACACAAAUAUCCAGAACCCAGAAUCAAAAAUAUCUGGUAAGGUCUUCAUACCUUGAGAUCUAUCAGGAGGAAAUCAGGGAUCUUCUGUGCAAAGAUAACAACAAGAAACUGGAACUUAAAGAGAAUCCUGAUUAUGGUGUCUAUGUGAAAGACUUGUCCUCAGUGGUGACGAAAAAUACCACUGAGAUUGAACAUGUGAUGAAGAUCGGCAACCAGUCCAGGUCCGUGGGGUUCACGAACAUGAAUGAACGCAGCUCUCGGUCUCAUGCGAUCUUUGUUAUAACUGUGGAGUGCAGUGAAGUAGGACCAGAUGGUGAGGACCACAUUCGUGUUGGGAAACUAAACAUGGUUGACCUGGCUGGCAGUGAGCGCCAGAGCAAGACGGGCUGCAAAGGGAAGAGUCUGAAAGAAGCUGCCAAAAUUAACCUGUCCCUCUCAGCGCUGGGGAAUGUCAUUUCAGCUCUGGUGGAUGGGAGGAGCAGCCAUGUCCCAUACAGAGACUCCAAACUGACCCGUCUGCUCCAGGACUCUCUAGGUGGCAACGCAAAAACCGUCAUGAUGGCAACAGUCGGGCCUUCGCACAAGAAUUUCGACGAGUCCCUGGCCACGCUGAGGUACGCCAGUAGAGCAAAGAAAAUAAAGAACAAACCUCGGAUUAAUGAGGACCCCAAAGAUGCCCUGUUGAGGGAGUUUCAGGAGGAGAUUGCACGCUUGAAAGCUCAACUAGAGGAGCGAGGGAUGCUCGCGAAAGAGAGGAGGAGGAAGAGGAAUAGUAAAAGACUGAGUAAAUAUACGGAAGAAGAAAUCCUUAGAGAGAAGGAUGCAGAGACGUGGCAGACUUGUGAGGAGGAAGAAAAUAUGAGGCACUUCAUGAAAGUAGAGGAUGCCAACCCAAAGACUGUGACCUGCCAGUGGGGCAGUGAGAAGUUAAAGCACCUGAAUGUUAAUAGAAGGAGUGUGGAGGACAUGCAGUGGGAUCAAGAUGCUGUUGAGAAGAUCAUAGAGAAAUAUAAGGCUAUGGAGAGUAAAUUGUUGAUUGGAGGAAAGACUAUAAUAGAUCACACCAAUGAACAACAAAAAAGACUGGAGCUGAAGAGACAAGAAAUUGCAGAACAGAUAAGACGAGAGCGAGAGAUCCAGCAGCAGAUGAUGCUGCAAGAAGAGGAGACCCUAGAAAUGAAAGAGACAUUCUCCUCCCUGCAGCAAGAGAUCGAACAUAAGACAAAGAAGCUGAAGAGGUUGUACAGCAAACUACAGCAAUUGAAGGGAGAGAUGAGCGACAUCAUCGAUGAACACGUCACAACCAGACAGGAGCUUGAGGAGGCACAGAAUGAGCUCAUGAGAGAGCUCAAGUACAAGUAUCUCCUGAUUGAGAAUUUCAUUCCCCCUGAGGAAAAAAACAAGAUAAUGAACAGACUGCACUUUGAUAGUGAGGAGGAUCAGUGGAGGCUCCAACCAGUCAUUCCAUCAGAGAGUACAACCACUCAGGGCAAGAGAAGGCCUCUCUCUGCUGUGGGAUACAAGAGGCCAAUCAGUCAAUAUGCUCAGAUGGCUGUUGCCACGGCUACUGGGGCCCCGUCUAGAUACCAGGCUGAGAACAUCAUGCUGUUGGAGUUAGAUAUGUCUCCACCAACCAUGUUCACCUUGAACCUUCAUGGGGCACACCUAGAGAGAGCCUUCUCUUCCAGGCUGAUCCAGGAUCUUCCUGUAAAUGUGCCUGUUAGAGAGAGGGCUGGCUCAUCGUCACGGGUCAGGAAAUCCCAAUCCUGGUAUCAGGCACCACAAGCCGCAUGCGUCGCAUCCUCCUCAUCAUCCACUACUCUGGCAUCAGCAUCUCAGAGCUGCUCUCCCUCUCCAAGGCAAAGACCAUCCUCUGCUGCCUAUCUGUCCGUAGGAAGUUCUCUUCAAACCAGCCCCUGAUUAGUGGCGAUACACCUAUGCUGUACAAGGCUGGCCUCGGUUAUCUAAUUCGGCAUGGCCCCACUGA